AUGAUCGCGCAUGCCGCAAAAACCUCGCAGAAACCGCCGAACGCACCGUCAGGCGGCGCGGAAGACGACGAGGACGUGGACAACCCGUUUGCGGACAUGCUUAGACGCAGCACGAGUGCCCGAGGUAGCAGCAGCGGCGCGAGUGUACAGGACCGCGACGACUUACGCGGAAGUUCCAGCGCGCGGGAGUUAGGAUCUGGUAGUAGCAUCGGCGGAAGCUACGCACAGCUAGCGGAGGUCCACUCAUCCUCAGUUCCGCCGGCUGUUCCGGCGAGACAAAAUGCGGCUGACGCGGCAGCUGGUCAGGCGGUUUCAAACGGUGACGUUGUAUCCGAGGAAAAGGAACCCCAGCAGCAGCAGCAGUUGCGUGAUGUCGAACCUGUUAAUAACGAGGUUGCGAAGCCGGGUCUGGCGUUGGAUGUAUCUUGUGAACGUGACGAAAACGCCCGUAUUUACCAGGCGGUGGAAAGUGCGGACGCGAACCCCUCCUCCUCCGCAUGGGCGUUUGCGACGGCGACGGCGGCGACGGCGGCGGCGGCGGGCACGGGCACUGGUGUGGAGUCACCGGCGCGGGAGCAAUCUGACGCUGGCGAUUCGUCUGCCGCAUCGACGCCACGCAGGCACGGCCGGAGCAGCCGACGCCUCCUCCACGUCGGAGCGUCGCAGCGCCGCGCGCUGCUUCGCUGUCGCGCGGCGGAGAGGCGACUUCACGGCGACUUGGGCGACGGCGUCGCAGGAGGAGGGGUAGGAGGAGGCGGCGGCGACGUUUUGGAGCGAAGCCAGACGAUGGACUACUCGCGGCUGCGUUCGCGCGGCGACAUGCGCGACUCGCUGGAUUCGUUCUCCGGCGAGGCGUACGCCGCAAGUGUCGGAAUUCUGGAAGAGGACCGUUUCGACUCGUUCGAGGAUCUCCGGUCGGAAGAUGGCGGGGAAGGCGGCGGAAGAGGCGGAGGAGGCGGGGGAGGCGGGAGCGGUUCGGGAAGCGGCAGCUACGGCGAGAGCGUGUGCGAGUCGGACGGGCAGAGCGUAGACGACGGCGACCUAAGUAUAGACGGCGAUAGCGAGUCGCUCGGCGGGGAAAGGAGAACCCGCGUCCGCUUUAGAAGGAUCACCAACAGCAGGAGCGCGAAAGCGCUCGCCGGACGCGACGCGGAUUACAAAGAAUCUGACUGUAACGGCGACGUCGCCGGCGGUGGCGGCGGCGGCGGGGGCGGUGGUGGUCCGCGAUCCGCGGCAGCAGCCACCAGCCCGUCGGACGCGCAGUCCGCGCAUUUCACGGCGGCCCUGCCUCCGCUAUGCGCGUCUCCGUUAAGGACGUACAGCUCGCGACGUCGCACUAUGGAGCUCGCGCUCAUCUCCCCCACCGCCGUCGCCAACAGGCGCAACAACUCUGGUUCUUCCCCUUCCGCUUCCCCCUACCAUGCGCGUUCCGCGGGUAUCUCGCCUUCCUCCGCGAACGCCUCCGCCGGUUUCCCCGGUGGUUCCGCUUCCGGGGUAAGCCCCCCCGCCGGUAGCGCUUCUGCUGCGCCCUCCGCUCCUGCCGCCGCCCCUGGGGAGCGUAGGGCGGCUCGGCAAUGGACGGGGCCUCGAGCCGCGAGCCCUGACGUGCCGCCACCUGGCGGCGUGGUAGUGGUCCGCGAAAGGGCCUUCACUCGAUCGCUCACGCUAGGAUGCAACCCUAGCUCGAACCAGCAGAGCCAGCAGCAGCAGCAGCAGCAGCGGGAUGUGCGGAGAAGCUAUGGCGGCAGUUUCAAGGACCGCGUGGGGUCGCAUGGGGACGAGGGGGAGAUGAUGGGAGGUGGGGGGUGGGGCAUCGCUUCUCGCGAGCCCACGCCCGUGCAUGUCAGCAGCAGCAGCAGCGGCCAGGGCGGGAGGAAUCGGGGGAAUGUGGAGAGUGGUGGCGGGGAGCCAGCGGGCAAUGCGGGGGAUCUGGCGGUGGUUGCGCCUCAGUGCGCCGUGUGUCGUGGUCGUCGGGGGAGUGGCGCUGCUGGCUCUGGUAGUGGCGGAUUAGGCGGCCGCCGUGGGAGCUGCAGCGGGUGUGACUGUUGCAGUGGUGCUGUGAGCGGGGGCGGCGCCGGUGAGGGCUUGGAGGGGCCGGGCAGAGGGGGCAGAGGUGCAUUCGGGGCAGGGGGAGGGGGGAGCAGGGGGAGCAGCGGCGGCGGAAGUCGGUGGGGCUCGCCCCAAGAGUGGGCAGCAGCAGCAGCGGCAGUAGCGGGAGUGGCAGGCGGAGCAGGCGGGGCAGGUGGGGCAAUCGGGGCAGGAGGCGGGGCAGGCGGGACAGGCGUGGUAGGAGGAGGGACAGGAGGAGCCUUGGGAGGCGGAGCUCCCAAGGUGAUGGUGUCGAUUCUGCCGAGCUUCGCCCAGCACCGCGCCAUGGUGGCCCAGGCGGAGCAGCAGGAGAAGGCGCUGCUGCUGGGGGAGCUCGCGGGCAGGCUGGGGCGCAGGCGCAGGGGAGGGGCGGUGGGAGGGGGUGCAAGGGUGCAAGCGGUUACUGAUGCGGAUGGGGAUGGGGAUGGGGAUGGGGAUGGGGAUGGGGAUGGGGAUGGGGAGGGGGGUGGGAUGGAGCCUCCGGGGAAGACGGGUAGCGAGGGGAGUGUUGUGGAAGAGAGGGGAGAGGAGGGGGCUGGUAGGGAGGAAGGAGAGGAGGGUGAUGGAGGGGAGGUGUGCAGGGAGCAAGGAGGGCGAGCAGGGGAGGUGGGAGAGGUGGAACAGGAAGGGCAAGUUGGGUAUGUGGGGCAGGGGGCGGGUGAAGGUGAAGGGGCGGGUGAAGGUGAAGGGGCGGGUGAAGGUGAAGGGGCGGGUGAAGGGCUAGCUGAUGCGCAGUCAGCAGAUGGGCGCUCCCAGAGUGUUGCUUCCUCUUCCUUUUCUGAGUCUCCUCUCUCUGAUGGGCGAGCUACUAAUGGUGGCCAUGCUAGUGGUGAUGGUGGGGAGGACUCUGCGAUUACUGGUUGUCGUGAUCGGGAGGACUCUGCUAGCAGUGCAGGUGGGGUUGAGGCUCAGGAGGAGGAGGAGGAGCAGCAGCAGCAGCAGCAGCAGCAACAGCAGCAGCAGCAGCAGCAGCCGAUUGGUGUCUUUUCCGAGACGGCGGACAAACCUCAGCAGCAGCGCUGGGACGAGCCUGUGCUGAUUGCUCCCAUGUUCUCGGUUCGUGCUGAGACCUAG